AUGAAAGCACAUUAUCUCACCGAUCAACAUCAACAUAUAUUACUUAUUAUUAUUUUGAAAUAUAUGAGUCCAAGAAGUCAGCGAUCACAAAUUCAAAAUCAUUGUGAAUUCAUGAAACAAGAAUAUCAUGAUCUUCGGAAUAGUAUUGACGUUACUUUCUCAGUCUAUGAAAUUUUAUUAAAUAAUAUGGCACAUUUACAAGUGGAAAAGCAAGAAAUAAAAACAAAUUUUGAGCGAAAUUUUUCAAAAAUAGAUGAAUUGAAAAAAUGUAACAAUGAAAACGAAGAAGCUGUUAAGAAAUUAUCUGAAACUCAAAAUAAUAUGCAAAUACAAGUAGAAGAUAUUAAAAGAAUGAGAGAAGAAAGUCGAAUUUUGACAUUGGACGAUGAUUCCACGACAACUCUUCCUUUCAACUAUUCCAAUACGCCGUCAUUUUCAAUUCAAUCAUUAAAAUUCAAGACUUCACAAUAUGGCUAUACAUUAGGAUUUCGUGCCUGUUCAACAAUGGAAUCACAACAAAAAUAUCUAUCGCUUUUUCUUACUCUAUAUAAUGGAGACUAUAGUAAUCUUCUUCCCUAUCCGUUUUUGUAUACUAUUUACAUUGCUUUAUGGGAUCAAUCAAAUCAACAAAAACAUAUUGUAUAUGUCUUAAAACCAAAUCCAAACUCAACUGCAUUUAUUCGGCCUACGACUGAAAAGAACGACGAAUUUGGUAUAAUGAAAUUUUGUCCACUUGAAUAUCUUACAGAUUCAAAAAGUAUUUAUGUAAAAGAUCAAGUAUUUUUUAUUCGAGUGUUCGUUGAUUUUUUAAAUACUGGACAAAAUCCAUUUCAAUCAAAAGACAAUAUCGAGGACAAUGUUGAACUGAUGUCUGAAACAACUACGAUGAUGACAGAUUAA